AUGAGGACGUGCAAGUUGUGGUAUCACAAACGGGAGGAUAGGUUAAGCAACGUCGACUUCUUGUUUUGUCCGAAAGAAUUUCCUGACGUGGCAGUCGGCGAUGUACUCGAGCUGUUCCACGUCGAUAAUGGUGUCUGUGGGGACAGGGGCCAUCGGUUAUUGGUGCAGAUAACGCGGAUCGUCGAAGAGUUCGCUCCAAAGCAGAGUAACACUGUUAGCGUGGAUCAGAGUCUGGCGACUGCAUUUCAGUUGAAGAACUAUGGCGACGUGGUGGUUCGCAAGGUGGUUGACAGGGAGGCAGUGACGUUGAGUAUCCUGGAGUUGUCCAUUAAGGAACAGUGCGUCGGUCGAGCCGACCAGUACCGUUUCAGACGCUUCCUGCUGCACUCCUGUGUGCACAUGCACCGAAAAAUUGAGUUCUGCGGCAUCCGGGCACAAGUGCAGGAGAUGUGCCGCGGCGGUGAGCGGGUCAGCUGUGGCUAUGUGAACGAUGAGACCCGCAUCGUGUUCCGAUCGAGCAGCGCCGCUGCUCAUAUCCUCAUUCAAAUGAGCGCCGAGAUGUGGGAGUUCGACGGCGACGGCGGAAACCUUUAUAUGGAGAAGUGCUUGGAUGGUUUUCUGCCCGAGCUGUUCCGCAAGUGGCAAGACAAGAACUGUUCUCACUACGUUACAGUCGCCGUUUUCUCUCGUUGGUUCUACCCAAGGUCGACGGUGUCAACUACCGACAAGCAGUCGACUUUAGACCAGAUUCCGGCCACUGUCCGUGACCACUUAAUGAUCGACCACCGCGGGACGCCUUAUCAAGACUUCUACCACGUGAUGAUCCAGAACGAGCACUACGACGAAUGGAUGCCGCUUCUGUCGAAGAUCAAAUGCGUGUUCUACAAGUACAAAGCGAUGAUGAACGCCUAUCAACGGUCGCUGGGUCUGCCCAAAGCCGAAAACAGCACGGCUAGCAACGGCAACUUUCUCGAAGCUUUGAGCAACAUACUUCACUGUGGAUUCGAGCAGACCGAUCAGUUGCUGAUCGUGGUGUCGCCGGGUAGCGGUGUGUUCAAUGUCGAACACACGUUGGUAAAUUUGACGCAGCAGCGAACGAUGGACCUCAGCGCCGGCAUCGACCUGGUAUGCCUCGGCGAGCAGCCGUUGCACAUCGUGCCCCUGUUCAUCUGCAACAGUGACACAGCAGAUAGCCAUCGCCUUUUUUCGUCGUCGUCAAGGAAGUCGUUGUCGCUGUCACACAACGUCGACGAUCGUUACUGUAAUCCGUACUGGAUCAACAUCAGUUACUAUAGUCAACUAAGACACUUUGGCACGUUCAGGAACUUUGCGCCUCGGAUCAAGAUCCCCGAAUCAUUGCAGAACGCCAAGGUAAUAAUCACGCGUCUACUGUCACAUUUUUCUAUCUGGCUUUACUCUUCGUACUACAGAUUAUCGACUGACUCAUCCAAGACUGCACUGCUAGACUUAAUGGCUCAUUGCGCCACCUCUUCAGGCUACGGUUCCGUGUUAUUUGGCCAUCUGCAAUGCCAGAUGCAUCUCACAUCGUUUUGUAAGCUGUAUCCAUUUUGCGCUCGUCAUGAACGAUGUUUCAGGAGUUGAAA